AUGGCUUCGUUCGUGACGGAAGUUCUGGCGCACUCGGGGAGCCUGGAGAAGGAGGAUCUGGGCACUCGGAUCAGCCACCUGACCCGGCGGGUGGAGGAGAUCAAGGUGCAGGCGGGGAAGCCGUUGGCUGUCAGACUGAAAAGGGACGCGGGAUCCCUGGGGGACGGGACGGAGGGGAGAGGGGCUAAGGGCGGACAGCGUGGGUGCGGCCGAGUCCGGUGUGGGGCUGGGUGGGGAGGGUGA